CGGUUGCGGCGAUGGAAGUUUUGCAGGCCGCUCGUCUUCCCCGCUCGGAAGACUCGGAGGAUGACGGAGGCGGCGGCGGAGGCGACACGCCGGAUCCUUCCGCUCUCCGGACGGGACUAAGCCGGCUGGAUAUCCAGCGCUAUUCGCGACAGUUGGUGCUGCCGGAGCUGGGCGUGCGGGGGCAGCUGCGGCUUUCCUCGUGCGGGGUGCUGGUGGUGGGCUGCGGAGGGCUGGGCUGCCCGCUGGCGCAGUACCUGGCCGCUGCGGGCGUCGGGCGCCUGGGGCUGGUGGACCACGACGUGGUGGAGCUGAAUAACCUGCACAGGCAGGUGCUGCACCGGGAGAACCGCCUGGGCCACUCCAAAGCGCACUCGGCGGCCGCCGCGCUGAGAGAGCUGAAUUCCGCCGGGCAGUACGAGCCUUACGAGCUGGCGCUGAGCCCCGCCACCGCCUUGGAUCUGAUCCGGACUUAUGACAUCGUGGCCGACUGCUCCGACAACGUGCCCACCCGCUACCUGGUCAACGACGCCUGCGUGCUAGCUGGCAAGCCCUUGGUGUCCGCCAGCGCCUUGCGCUUGGAGGGCCAGUUGGUCGUGUACAACUUCCAGGGAGGGCCCUGCUAUCGGUGCCUCUUCCCCAAGCCCCCUCCUCCUGAGACGGUCACCAACUGCGCCGACGGUGGGGUCUUGGGGGUGGUGCCCGGCAUCCUCGGCUCCCUCCAGGCCUUGGAGGUGCUCAAGAUAGCCUCGGGGAUGGGAUCCUCCUUCAGUCGGUCGAUGCUGCUCUUCGAUGCCCUUGAAGGACGGUUUCGCCACAUCAAGCUCAGGCCCAGGGAUCCCAAGUGCACUGUGUGUGGGGACCGGCCCUCCCUGACCACCCUGCAGGAUUAUGAAGCUUUCUGUGGGUCUUCAGCAACCGAUAAGUGUCGGACGCUGCGCUUAUUGUCCAGCGAGGAGAGGAUUUCUGUAGAGGAAUACAAGAAGAUUCUAGACAACCAGGUUGCUCAUGUACUGGUGGAUGUACGUCCCCAAGUCGAAGUGGAGAUCUGUCGCUUGCCCAAAUCCCUCCAGGUGCCUUUAAAUAAACUAGAAAAAAAAGAUGAAGAAUGUUUGAAGUCUUUGUACCGGAAGAUACACAAAGAGAAGCAGAGGACUAACGGCACUGUACCUUUUCCAAUUUAUGUUGUCUGUAAAUUAGGAAAUGACUCCCAGAAAGCUGUGAGAAUAUUGCAGGAACUGCUUUAUGGUGAACUAGGCUUAAUUUCAGUUAAGGAUAUCAAAGGAGGACUCAUGGCAUGGGCUGACAAAAUUGACCAAGAUUUUCCUCAGUAUUAAUGUUUUCCCUAAUAGCAAUAAUAAUAAUAAUAAUAAUAAUAAUAAUAAUAAUAAUGAAAAUUCAUUGGUUUUAUUUGGUUUUUGGAAAGGGAUUUGUUUAUAUUUUCAUUUGGUUCUCUGUGGAAAUCUCACUUUAAACUAUUUAGUUCUUUUAAAAUAUACUUGUUUCAUAGGAUUCCUCAGAGUCCUAGAUUCUACAAGAAUUUAAGAUUUUAGGAGGGG